AUGACGACGGUCUGUUUGCCGGCGGAACUCAAGUUCCGCAUCCCCAAAGAAGCUGCUGGCUUAUCCGGUGAUGCCCCGGACCAGGGCGUGUUCCGCGUGUCCUACCGGCCAUCCGACGGAUAUCGUACUGCUUCCAACUUCACUGUGGAUCCAUCCCUCAUCAACCAGCUCAUCACCAUCAAUGAUGUGCUUCCUGGCACACAGUACACAUUCCAGCUGUACUACUCCAACGGGAGUGUACAAGACAAGCUACUGUGGACCUCCGAACUGCCCACCACCCCAGACCCCCCAGUCAACCUAACCGUAACUGUACUCGGAGGAAAAGUAGCUGAAGCCUCGUGGGAAGCUCCGAAGCGCGGAGGCUACACCGGUUUUAAAUUAUCAUUGAUUCCACAUUCAGAAAAGGACGAUAUUCCGGUGCGGAAUAAUUACAUCAGUCACGUGGCUCCAUUCCUGCUGAGAGACUUGACGCCUGGGGCAUCUUAUGAAGUGCAGCUCUUCUCCGUCUUCCAUGGACAGGAUUCAUCAACAUUCGUUACCACAAACUUCACCACAAAACCCAACACUCCUGGAAGAUUCAUCGUCUGGUUCAGAAAUGAAACUACCCUUUUAGUUCUUUGGCAGCCUCCUUAUCCAUCUGGUAUUUUCGAGAAGUACAGAGUGAGCAUUGCUCCCGAAGAUGCCCUCCAAUCAGAACUGCUUGUCGACAAGGAAAGGGACCCACCAGGACCUGCCCAGGCCGCCUUCUAUGGCCUGGUGCCUGGAAGGAAUUACAACAUCUCAGUGCAGACAGUCAGCCAAAACCAAAUUAGCGAACCUACCAAAGCUCAGUACAGAACAGUUCCUCUGCCACCCACAAACGUGACGUACGAUAAGAAUAAACUCGAAUCAUUUGCUUUUGAUGUUCGAUGGGACCCUCCAAAGAAACUGUCAGAGUUCGAUCGUUACCAAGUGGCUUUGGGGAUCCGAAACACCGUUCGAUACCUGAUCGACAAGGAUGAGGAACGGGUGGUAACUUUUGAUGAAGAUCUGGAACCUGGAUCCACCUAUGAAGUGGUUGUCAAGACAGUGAGUGGCAAUGUUGCUAGUUGGCCGGUCACCGCAAAUGUUACCACAAGGCCCCUGCCUGUUCGUAUCGUUUCCUCAUCAUCGGAAAACGUCGGGGAAAUUUUCUUGAAGUGGGAGCCUAGCAGAAAUAGCACGCAAGAUUCCUACCGUGUGAAAUACAGUGAUAUGGAAGCUUUUAACAGCGGCGGAAGUCUUUUGGUUGUAAGAAACACAAGCAUCAAUUUGACGUCACUGCUUCCCGGAAGAAACUAUUCCAUCAGCGUUUCCGCAGUCAGCAAAAGAAUAUCCAGUGAUCCCACUGUCAUUUAUCAAGCUACCAAACCGUCUGCUCCAGUAAUUGAACUGCUACAGCCUGGACCCAGCGGAGGAUGGAAUCUGAGUUGGAAAUCAGACGUCACCAGCCGUCAAGACCAAUAUUCCGUCAUGUACAUUCGAAACGAUACGCGAUACCUCCAAGAAAAAUUGACGAAGCACAACUUUUUGAUCAUUUCGGACCUGUAUCCUGGAGCUGGAUACGAGAUCAAAGUCUACGCAAUCAGUUUUGGUUUAUGGAGCGAGCCACAUUCUUACUUCCAAAUAAUACCUCCAAUGGCACCUCAAGGACUUCAAGUUGUAAAAGCAAGCAGCACCAACAUGAUACUUUUAUGGAGCGCUCCAUCUGGUUCAUUGUAUGACCACUAUAAUGUUCGAUAUCAACUCACGGGAGCUACUUUCUGGCGAGAAAUGGGAACUGUGAAUACAACAUCUUGUGAAAUAAAGGACUUAGUGCCCGGAGAAAAGUACGCCGUUCAAGUGACGUCUGUUAGCAAAAAGGUGGAGAGUUUGGAAGCCGAGGAAAUUACCCAAACUAUGUAUCCGAAACCAAUAAAGAAAGUUAAAGAGAUUUUGGAUUCCAACAACAUUACGUUUGAAUGGGAAGUUCCUCAAGGACAUAGGGAUUAUUAUAUCAUAUUUUAUAACCCCAUUGAUGAUCCCAAGAACCAAAAGUCUCACCAGGUUGCUGCGAAUAGUACAAAGCCAAUGGAGAAUAUGAGCGUCAUCAUUGGUGAACUUAAACCUGGGGAAUUGUAUACCUUCCGUUUCUUUGCUGUUAGUCACAAUAUGCGAAGCGAAGGGGUCACAGUACAAACCCGAACAAAGCCUGUCAUCGAUUCUGUCAUCAAUGUCGUCAUCGACGAACACAGCACCAAGACGCUUGGGAUCAAAUACACGCCAACUCCUCGACGGACCGUCGUAUUCGACCGCUACCGUUUCAAACUGAAUGACGAAUCGAUUCCAGUACAAGAAAAACUGUUCAACGACACCAACCGAUUGGUCAUCUUCGACAAUUUAGUGCCAGGGAAGCUGUACGACAUUACCAUAUGGACGGUGAGCGGAGGGGUUAACAGUGUGCCGAUUCAACGUCAAACCAGAUUAUAUCCGGAACCAAUAACAAAGAUCACUCCUAUUUCCGUAACGGACACGGAAAUUGCACUGAAAUGGGAGCGACCGCCAGGAGAAAUGGAUGGCUACGAAAUCGAAUAUCAGGAUCCCUUGGGCUACCAUUUGAUAAAAAACAUGAGCUUGAGCGAAACGAACACAUUCCGAAAUCUGAAGCCACAUCAUAACUACACAUUCCAGGUGUCUGUAGUGAGCGGUUACGGCACCGCCACUACGCGGCGCAGCAGUCUGGUUUCUCAAACGUUCCACACUCUAGAAUCUGUUCCUGGGCGAGUUCAUUUUUUCAGAGCAGUUGAUGUAAAGCCCAAUGAAAUAACACUGCAGUGGUCUUUGCCAACAAAUGAACAAAAUGGUAUCCUUACAGGCUACAAAAUAACUUAUUAUAUUAAGGGAGCCAACAUGCGGCAGUACAAAUAUUUUGAGCCACCUGAAACAAAAGGUACACUUUUUGGGCUGCAACCGGGCAUGGAGUAUGUGUUUGAGAUUCAAGCACAUACAAAAGUAGGUCCAGGAGGAACAGCAAUUUGUGAAGAAACCACACCAAUAUGGGCUCCGCCGCAACCAGAACCGCACAUCGCGCCUAAGAUGGUGACCCGGACAUCCAACUCGAUAAAAAUUGAAUUCAGCAAUAACUUCUUCUCCAAUGAGAAUGGUAUGAUCACUGCCUACGCUAUCAUCGUUGCAGAAGAUGACACUCAAGACUCGAAUUCGCUGAGAAUGCCUACGUGGGCAGAAGUUCAACAAUAUUCCGUGUGGCCUCCGUAUCAGGUGCAGGCACCGUUUUAUCCGUUCAACUAUUCGUUCAGGGAGGAUUUCACUAUCGGCACGGAGAACUGCAAUGGCGUCAAGGGUUAUUGCAAUGGACCGCUAAAGCCAGCGACUUCCUAUCGGGUCAAAAUAAGAGCUUACACAACUCCAAUCACUUUUACGGAUACCGUAUACUCUGUGCAGAUACAAACAGACGCAGACAACAAGGCAUUACUAGCCAGCAUAUUUACCCCGCUCAUACUUGUGGUCCUUUUGAUGGGCGUUGGACUGUUAUGGCGCAGAAGGAGGCUCGCCCCUUUCGCCAAGAAAGCCAAACAUGCCAAAUCAGAUGCAAUGUCCAUAGCGGAGAGUGAAGUGAUAACCAACCGUCCAAUCAAACUGAAAGAUUUUGCUGAUCACUAUCGGCUCAUGUCAGCCGAUUCUGACUUCCGAUUUGCGGAAGAGUUCGAGUUGCUGAAGAACGUGGGUCGAGACCGGCCUUGCCAUGCUGCGGACUUGCCCGUGAAUCGGCCCAAGAACAGGUUUACUAACAUCCUUCCUUACGACCACUCUCGAAUCAAGCUGAUGCCCACGGAUGACGAAGAAGGAACAGAUUACAUCAAUGCAAAUUACAUACCGGGUUACAAUUCUCCACGUGAGUUCAUUGUAACGCAAGGUCCGCUGCACAGCACGAGAGACGAUUUCUGGCGCAUGAUUUGGGAACAGAACUGCCGUGCCAUAGUCAUGCUCACCAGGUGCAUCGAGAAGGGUCGAGAAAAAUGCGACCACUAUUGGCCCUUCGACAUGCAGCCGGUCUACUACGGGGACAUCCAAGUCAUUUUGCUCAAUGAGUCCCAGUAUCUGCACUGGACUAUAUCCGAGUUCAAAGUAUCUAGGAACGAACAAUCCAGAGUUGUGAAACACUUCCACUUCACAACGUGGCCAGAUUUUGGAGUUCCAGAGCCACCACAGGUGUUAGUGAAAUUCGUUAGGACGUUCAGAGAACGAAUCGGAACCGAUCCCAAGCCCAUUUGUGUUCACUGCAGCGCUGGAGUGGGGCGAUCUGGAACUUUCAUCGCUCUAGACAGAAUAUUACAGCAUAUCCAGAAGUUUGACUAUGCUGAUAUUUUUGGAUUUGUGCAUGAAAUGCGCAAAGAAAGAGUGUGGAUGGUUCAAAAUGAGCAACAAUAUAUAUGCAUUCACCAGUGCCUCAUGUGUGUCUUGGAAAAGAAGGAAGAAGUUCUAGAACUUGGAAGGCCGGAAGCUCACGACAACCAGGGAUAUGAUGAUGACGAAGGGAUUGCCGAGUCAGGAAUAUGAAGCCAAGACCAAGGUUCUGCAAUCUGCUCUUUUGUCGAUUCCAUCCAAGCAAAAGACAUUUCAGCCACUGUAGACCAUCACUGUCUUUCAUUUUGUCCGUAAUCUUUUAUAUCGCUCUUUGUUCUGUGUCAUCAUGUUUGUAUAUAUCGAUGCAUGUUUGUACUAUAAGAAAAUUCGGUAUCGAAGGAUACAAAAGCUACGAUUCGACUUUUAAACGGAACUCUCCUCUUCUCCAUUUCAAUUUCUUUGUUGAGUAGGUGAGGAAAUACCAGCGCCUUUUCUAGGUUUGAGCUUUGAGAAAGAAUAAAAGAUGAAGAGAUUGAAACCUUCAAUUCUUGAAGCAAAGAUCCCAAGACACUUGAUAUAUUUGAAUGUAAAGUAUCGGAAGAAAUCGGGUUUCUUCUACUCGUUUCACGUAAAACUUGACUCCCAUUCGUCAAAGCUGAACCACGUGACUUGAGAUCUGUGCCUCAACACUUUCUAAGCUAAUGAUUGAAUUUGCUCUCUCCAGUUACUAAUUCCUCCUCUAAGGGUUUAACUAGAUGAAUCGAUGGAUGAUAUUUUUAACUUGCUAAUAUUCAAUAACUACUUCGCCCAUGGAGUCAGUUCAAUUAAAUCACUAAACAGCUGUUUAUACCUCUAAGUAUUUGUGUCCUAACAAUCACCAUGAGUGAUAUUUUAAUACAUCUAGUCGUUAUUUAUGUGUGAAUAUGAUAAAUGCGAGAUUUUUGUGUGAAAUUAUGCACCGUGUAGUUAUUUAUUUUUAGUAAA